AUGGCGGACGUCACUUUCACCGUUUAUCGUGGGACUUUCAUCCAGGCACCGCGCAUGCCGGAGACGGAGCUGCAAGCGAAGCCAAAGAUUGAGCUUGUGCGCAACCGCGGCGCUUUGUGGGUUUCAGCGGCAGAUGGCCGUAUCAAGGGAUUUGAUUGGCAGGUCCAGGACGAUGAGUCGUUCAAUGUGCUGUUGAAUCGGAAUGGCUGGGUUGAUGUGGAUGCUGGGGUGGACCAGCGCGUCAAUGGCAGUGCUGAGGGUGCGGUCAAAGUGAAGGUUGUGAUUGCGAGUGAGCAGAAGAACGAAUUCUUCUUCCCUGGGUUCAUUGAUACACAUAUCCAUGCUCCCCAGUUCCCCAAUGUUGGGUUGUUUGGCUCCUCGACUCUCCUGGACUGGCUUGAGACGUACACAUUCCCUGUCGAGUCUGGCUUUGGCGCGCAAGCAGAUGCAAAAAACGGCAAGGCAACACUGCCGAAAGAUGCACCUCCGUCUGCGCUGCGCAUCUACGACCAGGUCGUCGCGCGCACCUUGUCCAAUGGCACGACCUGUGCCUCGUACUUCGCUACUAUCCACGUCCCUGCGACCAAUGCGCUCGCUGCACUCUGCCACGCCCGCGGCCAGCGUGCAUUCAUUGGCCGGGUGUGUAUGGACAACCCGGACUUCUGCCCAUCCUACUAUAAAGACCUGUCUGCCGACGACUCGGUGAGCGCGACAAAGUCCACAAUCGAGUAUAUUCACACUCUGGACCCUCAUGGGGCUCUUGUCAAACCCAUUGUCACCCCACGCUUCGCACCCACCUGUACCGAGCCCGCCCUCUCUGGCCUCGGUGCCCUAGCUGCCUCCUACACCCCGCCGCUCCACAUCCAAACCCACAUCUCCGAGAACACCGACGAGAUCGCCCUCGUGCAUUCACUUUUCCCGGAUGCCCCCAGCUAUGCCGCCGUCUACGACAAACACAAUCUCCUCACACCGCGCACCAUCCUCGCACACGCUGUCCACCUCACCCCGUCCGAGCGCGCCCUGAUCCGCAGCAGGAACGCCAAAAUCUCUCACUGCCCCGCCUCAAACUCCGCGAUCAGCUCCGGUAUCGCCCCAGUCCGCACCCUUCUUGACGACGGCCUGAUUGUAGGCCUCGGAACUGACGUCAGCGGUGGCUACAGUCCCAGCGUCCUGGAGGCUGUGCGCCAGGCGUGUCUAGUCUCCCGCCUAUUGGAGCAUACUGCGGCGUUCGCGCAGCAAGCUGAGAAGCCUAUAGUUAGUCGCGAGAAGCUUUCUGUAGAGGAAAGCUUGUACCUUGCGACGCGGGGCGGUGCCGCCGUCGUCGACAUGGCAGAUGAGCUCGGCGGGUUUGAAGAGGGCAUGCUUUGGGAUGCGCAGUUGAUUCAGCUAGGCGCGGUGCCGGUUCUCAGCGAGAGCGAGAAUCCGCUUGAGGGCGUCACGCGUGAGAAUCUGGUCCGGGCCGGGCCGGUGGGCAAUGUGGAUUUGUUUGGUGCGGAAACAUGGGAGGAGAAGGUGCACAAGUGGGUGUGGAGCGGAGAUGACCGCAACGUGAAGGCUGUUUGGGUUUCUGGGCGGCUGGUGCAUACCCGGAACUAG